CCUACCAUCUCUCACUAGCCCAAUCAUGGAGACUCAAAUCCCAUACUCCAUCUUCUUCUUCACUUUCCUUUUCCUCUUCAUGAUACACAAACUUUCAUCUUCGAAGAAAUCCCAGAAAACUCUACCCCCAGGACCAUGGAAAUUACCUCUUAUAGGAAGCCUUCAUCAGAUUGGUUCAUUACCCCAUCGAUCUCUCAGAGACCUCGCAAACAAGUAUGGACCUUUAAUGCAUCUCCAGUUGGGACAGAUUUCCCAUUUCGUAGUCUCUUCACCAGAAAUAGCCAAAGAGGUUAUGAAAAGCCAUGACAUAAUCUUCGCUAAUAGACCCACCAGUUUUGCAAGCGAAACCUUGGCUUAUAACAGCACAGAUAUUGCCUUCUCUCCUCAUGGAAACUACUGGAGGCAACUUCGAAAGAUUUGUACCUUGGAGCUUUUGUCCCUAAGAAGAGUCCAGACAUUCAGAAGAAUAAGAGAAGAGGAGGUUUGUGCAUUUGUGAAGCAUAUUUCUGAACACGAAUUAGGUUCUGUUGUGAAUCUCACGAACAAAAUCUACCCACUCACAAAUUCUAUAGUUGCUCGAGCAGCCUUUGGUCGGAAGACUAGAAACAUAGAAGAGAUUAUACCAGUUAUAAUGACUGGCAUACAGAUUACAGGUGGAUUAUCAAUCUCUGAUCUCUGUCCUUCAUUGGAAUUCCUUCGUGUGAUCAGUGGGGCAAAAGCUAAAGCUGAAAGAGUGCAUAAAGACAUUGAUGUGAUGCUUAACACUAUCAUCAACGAUCACUUAGUAGAAAAGAAGGGCGAAGAUAUUGCAGAAGCAGAGGAGGAUCUCGUUGAUGUUCUUCUCAGGGUUCAAAAAGAGAAUGAUCUUGAAAUCCCCUUAACUCUCGACAACAUCAAAGCUGUCAUUUUGGAUAUGUUUGUUGGUGGAACUGAAACAGCAGCAACAACAACAGGGUGGGCAAUGGCAGAAAUGGUUAAAAACCCAGAAGUAAUGAAGAAGGCACAAGAAGAAGUAAGAAGGGUCUAUGGAAACAAAGGUUAUGUGGAUGAAUCAGAACUUCAUCAAUUGAAAUAUGUAACCGCGGUCCUUCGAGAAACUUUAAGGUUACACCCGCCUGUUGUUUUGUUACUUCCAAGACAAAAUAGUGAGAUUUGUCAAAUUAAUGGCUAUGAGAUACCUCUCAAAUCUACUGUGAUUAUUAACGCUUGGGCCAUAGGAAGGCAUCCUCAGUAUUGGAAUGAACCAGAGAAGUUUCAGCCUGAGAGGUUUAUCAAUAGGUCGGUUGAUUUCAAAGGCACCAACUUUGAGUUCAUUCCAUUCGGUGCAGGAAGAAGAAUAUGUCCUGGAAUGUCAUUUGCUACGCCAGUUUUAGAACUGAUAGCAGCAAAUCUACUUUAUCAUUUCGAUUGGAAGCUUCCAAAUGGAGAAAAGCAUGAAGAUCUGGACAUGACUGAGAUUUUUGGUGCUGCAAUAAGAAGAAAAAAUGACCUGUGUUUAAUUCCCACUGCAUAUCGCCCUUAGCUUUAUUGCCUUGGUAGAAUAAUCAAUAAGAGGCUCUAUGGCCUUUGAGAAGCUUUUUCUACUUUGGUUCUGUAAUAAUAAUGGACGAUUAAUUGAGAGCAUCCAGUCAGGUUUCUUUGUUUUUUUUUUG